CCUUCCCCUUGCAAUGCGCACGCCGGCGGGCGAGCCAUGAGCCAUGACGAAAGUGCAAGGCCUGAAUCGGCUGCGCUGGAAAUAUGCUCGGCAGACGUUCUUGCCGUGGAAGCUGGCGCUCUGCAAGCUCCUCGUUGGCGUACGACCCAUGGCGGUGGCCUACGUGCUGGUGAUGCUCGGCCAGCUGGUGCUGUGCGCACUUGAGAAAGACCAGGAGCUGCUCUGGCGCCAGGGAAGGGCAGAGCUGCAGAACCGGCUGAGGCAAGAGCUCACGCCGGAGACCUAUCGUGCACUGGUUGACUCUGGCUUUCGGGAGGUGCACCCGAACGAUGCCCUACACUGGGAGUUCACAGGCCCUUCACAUAGCUGGAGCCUUAUGUAUAGCUUCACCCUGGUCGCCUCCAUCGGCUAUGGCGACAUGUCCCCCACCUCGGACCGUUCCCGGCUCUUUUGCAUCGCCUUCACGGCGGUGGCGACGCCGACCCUUGUAGUCAUGUACCUCGGCAUGGCCAAGAACGUGAUGCAGAUCUGGCACUUCUUUGCCAUGAUGAUGACUAAAGAGAACAUCCUCACUUUCCACAAGUAUGACUACGACGGCUCUGGACAAUUGGACCGCGCGGAGUUCGCCAUUGCGCUCCAUGACUUGGGCUACCCCGUGUCGGAAGAGGAUGUGGACAUUCUCAUGGAAGAGGUGAACAUAUGCGACUCCUCGCAGGUGACCAUCCAAGAAUUUUCUCAAGCACUGCUACUCCUGGAGUUCCCAAAUGCACGCCGCCAGAAAGUCCGGCUGUCGGUCUUCCUGAGCGCCAUCUGCACCUUCGUUUGGCUGAUGAUCGGAACUUUGGUCUUCACCCAGCUGGAAGCCUGGGGCUUUGUGGAGUCGCUGUGGUUCUGCUGGGAGACGUUGAUGACAAUUGGCCUGGGGGACUACGUGCCACAGACCAAUGCCGGACGUUGGUUCAAUCUGACCUAUGGCUUCAUUGGUUUGGGCCAGCUGUCCCUACUUCUGCAGGCGAUUGUGGACCUUCUCACGAAGCACACCUCCAUGCUGGGCCGCCUCGAGAAGCGUCUCAUGGAGGGGGCCCAGGGAGCUGCCUUGCAGGAUGUGCGGAAGCAUCACAGGAAUGUCAAGACGCGAAGCUCGGCGGAGGCGCGGAUACGCGACAGCAAGGCAAGCCUCGGGAGCCCUUGCAGCCCAGAGCUGAAGGUCGCAGUCUCACCUUCGUCGCGGCCAUCGGAACCAUGCAGCUCGGAAGGCUGGGAUCCGGAAGGGUAUCUUGACGAUGAGGAAGACGAGGAUCUUGUAUGCUUGUGAACUUAUGAGGGCGCGCGGGCUGGCCGCGAAUCCCGAAUCCCUACCUUGACUGCUGUUUUGAAAACCGGCGGGGGGUUGAUGUGAAGUACUUUUCGGCCCUUGUUCGAACCUUGAAGAAUCUGGGCAGGGCAGCG